AUGUCCAACAGCAGCUCCAUCACUGAGUUCCUCCUCCUGGCAUUCGCAGACACACGGGAGCUGCAGCUCUUGCACUUCUGGCUCUUCCUGGGCAUCUACCUGGCUGCUCUCCUGGCCAAUGGCCUCAUCAUCACUGCCAUAGCCUGCGACCACCACCUCCACACCCCCAUGUACUUCUUCCUCCUCAACCUCUCCAUCCUCGACCUGGGCUCCAUCUCCACCACUGUGCCCAGAGCCAUGGCCAACUUGCUCUGGGACACCAGGGCCAUCUCCUACACAGGAUGUGCUGCUCAGGUCUUUUUCUUUUUCUUUAUGAUCUCAGCAGAAUAUUUCCUUCUCACUGUCAUGUCCUAUGACCGCUAUGUUGCCAUCUGCCAACCCCUGCACUACGGGACCCUGCUGGGCAGCAGAGCUUGUGUCCACAUGGCAGCAGCUGCCUGGGGCACUGGGUUUCUCAAUGCUGUGCUGCACACGGCCAAUACAUUUUCUAUACCACUCUGCCAAGGCAAUGCCCUGGACCAGUUCUUCUGUGAAGUUCCCCAGAUCCUCAAGCUCUCCUGCUCAGACUCCUACCUCAGGGAAGCUGGGGUCCUUGUGGUUGGUACUUGUUUAUUCUUUGUCUGUUUUGUUUUCAUUGUGGUGUCCUAUGUGCAGAUCUUCAGGGCCGUGCUGAGGAUCCCCUCUGAGCAGGGACGGCACAAAGCCUUUUCCAUGUGCCUCCCUCACCUCGCUGUGGUCUCAAUGCUUAUCAGCACUGCCACGUUUGCCUACUUUAAGCCCCCUUCCAUCUCCUCCCCAUCCCUCGAUAUUGUGGUGGCUGUUCUGUACUCGGUGGUGCCUUCAUCAGUGAACCCCCUCAUCUACAGCAUGAGGAACCAGGAACUCAAAAAUGCUCUGAAGAAGCUGAAGAAACUUUUCAGAUGGUUCUUGGAGCUUCAGGGAGUUAAAAUCUCUCCUGGCCUUUAG